AUAAUGAAUAUGGUAUUUUCCCGGUGGAUAUUCAAUCCACCUAAGUAUUUUCGGUCAUGGUUAAUAGAUAUAUUAGAUAAUAUAUAUCUAUUAACUAUCCGUGACCCGCCGUAUUGGUGAAACUACGAACCAUUUACCAUAGUUUUUUCGUGUGUAGUAACUCAUUACUCAGUAGUCAGUACCAAAUACUAUAUACAAUAAUACAGGACACUCUGUAAUUUGUAUUAAAAUAGCACAGAUUGCCAUAUAGUACAGUGUAGUCACAGAUAUCUAUAUAUUAAGUAUAAUAUAGAUAUCUGUGAGUGUAGUAUAGAAGUCUGUUUAAAAUAGUUGCGAACAAUUUGUUAUCAUUGCCCCCCCGAGAUUGAAUAUAAUUUUGUCCAUGUUAAUCGUAAGGAGUAAAAUAGGCAACUAUCAUAACAAUCUCGGGUGGCUAUCAAUAUUGUAAUGAUAUUUUGAUAAGAAAUAGUUCGCCAAUUUUCAUAUGACAGUGUCUUGUAUUAUAGUAUUUGUUUUUGUUAGUACUCACUAGUCAGUAGUUCUGUACUCAGUAGACUAGUCACUGUCUAGUGAGUACACAGAACGAGCAGUUGUUUAAAUAGAAUAAUUUAUAAUAUUACGUUUAUCCGGUAAAUGUUGGUUUGACAUUUUAAAAUGCCAAAAGUGGUUUCUCGCAGUAUAGUGUGUUCGGACACCAAAGACCAAGAAGAAUAUAACGAGGAGAAGCCGCUGCACUCGUAUUACUGUUUGUGCGGUCAGAUGACGUUAAUUUUGGAUUGUGCUUUGGAAAAACUACCUCUUCGCAAACGGGAUGGGGCCCGAGUAAUUGAUGGCUCCAAGCAUGCCAAUAAAAUGACCUACGAUCAAGACGAAACGGUUUACUUGAAACGGCAAGAAGGUGUUGAAAAACAACAUAGAUUAAAGUGCAAAAAAUGCGGUUUAUUUUUGUACUAUAAACACCAGGCCAAUAAUAAUGUUUAUUUUAUUGUACACGGGGCUUUGAUCAAAUGUACUGGCGAGGGUCCUAAAAUGGAUAUAUAUAAUCAAGUGGCUGUUGAAAAACCAAAGAAAAUUAUGGUCACCAAGCACACUAAGAAUAUGGGCAAGUUCAGUUCGGUGACAGUAUCUACUAUUGACGAAGAAGAAGAUGAAAUUGAAGCGAGGGAAGUAGCAGAUUCAUAUGCAAACAAUGCACGUAUAAUUGAAAAGCAGCUAGAGAGGAAAGGCAUGCAUAAACGUAAAACGGCAGAUUUUGUAGAACCAGAAAUAGCAUUGGACUUAAAAAGACAUGCUCGUGGUACAUUGCUAGAGAAAUAAUAUUGUAUUUUUAUUUUUUAUAAGCUAAUUUUAAUACUGUAAUAUUACUUUCUUAUUUGUAAAUAAAUAAACGAUUGACUUGCAA